CUUUUACUAUUAGUUGCUCUACUAAGCUGCAUACUUUAUAGAAUAAUUUUAAAGGAUAGUCAGUUUUAGUAAAGCUUUAUAGGCAAUGAGCUGUUUGUUGGCAUGUUUUGGAGUUCAUGAUUCAAAAGUUCAACCGUUAACCAGAGAAGAAACACAAACUUAUUCCGAUAUCCAUGUUUCAAAUUAUAUUGAAAGACUUGCCAACCAUGACUGGAGCAAAUUUAACGAAGCAUUUUCCAUAGAGGAUGUGCCUAUCGAUCCAGGCGUUAAACUUAGAAGAAAGAAACCUAGGGAAGGUGUAGAUGAAAAACUUAUAAAAUCAAUACACAUCGACAGCGCUUACGAAAUAUUAGGUUUUACAGACUUUAAUAAUAAUGAUAAUGGUGAUGAUCAAUCAACAGUUGCUUCUAGUGAUGUUAGAGACAGUAGAGCGCAUCCGAAAGGUGACAUUGAAAAUAUAUCUGUUGGAAUAAAUGCUCAACCGCACACAGCUGUUCCAAUGGGAGUUGAUACCUCUACAGAAGAAGGUGAAGAGGGUUGCCUGGAGGAUUUAACUUUUGAGAAUAAUCAAAAGAAAAACUUAACAGAAGUCAAAUAA